CACUGCCUGUCCAAAGCCAGUGGUUGGUCGUUCAAUUGGCUAAAUUUACCAGACCCAGUUUGAAGUCUCCAAAAUAGGGAACAAGUAAAAGUAAUAACCCUUAACUGAUCUGACAACGCAGAAAAUAAUUCUAGGAAAACAGUAUUGAUUACUUUGCCAGGGGAUAUUAAUUCUCAGGAAAAACUUGAAAAUUUCAGAUUCUGCUCGACCCAAUAGAUUUAUUGAGGAGAGGUACAUUUCUUUCAAACAAGAAACAGGAGAAUUACAGAAGGAAACUUGGCAAGAUAUCCACUGUGAAAAGACAGGCAGCGACGGAAAACAAGACCAUCAAUGAAAGAGAAUGAGCAAAUAUUGGGAGAGACGUUCUCCUAGAUCAAUUUAUUCCUGCUUUUACAACUGGGAGAAUAACUUGACAGCUUAAAUUGAUCCCUACGUUUAUGAUCUCACAAUUUCACUGGCCAAAUCCAACUUCAAUUAACACCAAACUCUGCAAUAAAUCUUAUCUUUCUUUCCCUUAUAAUAACUACUCGCCUUUCAUUUCAAUUAUGCUCUCUUCUUAAACCAGCAUACUAGAAUUAGCUAGACUAACAGUUCAAAAUACUAGAAUUGCUUCUAAUUGACUGAGAAUCUUAGUUUGGACAUCAAUUUAAUCGAGCAUCAGCUGCAAAGAUGGUGACCCAGUUGAACCGAUAUUUAGUGAUAUUUGCGAUCACUCUGGCAUUAUCCAGUCGCAUCCAGCCAGUGAGAAGCAGUGCCAGUCUGGGACGGACACUCAACUGUGUCAAAUGCAACCCUGACACGUGUGGGGCGCCGCCCUCAAACUGCCCCAACGGUCAAGUUCUGGAUAGAUGCAACUGCUGUAUAAUGUGCGGAAGAGGAGAGGGAGAAUUCUGCGGGGGAGAUUAUAACAAGUUCGGCAACUGUGGAGAAGGCCUGGAGUGUGCCAUGACGAGCCAAGCCGCUGUCUACGGUGUUUGUAGCCGGCUAGUCUCACUUAGACAGUCGCACAACGGUAGCCCAGAAAGAGAGCGGGAGCAGCCAUCCGAAAAAAAGGUAACAGGAAACAGUGAAAAUGAGCCAAAAAAUGAGGAUGACAGCAAGGCAUAUGACUACAAAAACAACUUGGUGAUAGAAUACAUUGAAACUGACAGAAAACUGCCGAUAGCUCAGAAGCAAACACAGCAGAGCGGGUCAAUGAAGAGAAAGGCAACUACAAUCAACCAAGUUGAGAAGCGCAAGUCGCCUGAUGUUUUCCAAGAGAAAGAUACACCUGUGAAGCUAACUACAGAAGAAAAGCUGAAAAUGCUGAAAGAUAAAAACAGCAUGACUGUCAGUGGGAGUAGUUCUGAAUCAAAUAAGAGCCCAGGGAUGAUGAUGGAUGGUUUGCCCUUGGAAGACGACAGAAUUGGACGACCUAACCAAGAAGCGUUCACUCACUCGAAGCGUGCCCCCGACGAAAAAUGUGCUCCGGAGUGCACGCAAAAAUUUUGCGAGGAAAACCCGCGAGCGCUGUGCUCAGCUAAACGUCAAACACACAGAAAAGAGAAAUGCGCCGAUCCAUGUGCGACGACAGUGUGCCGCGCGUGUGAAGGAACAUUCGACCCAUACAAGUCAUGUGCCCAAUGUCCCAAGAGCGGGGACGACAAAUGCAUCAAGGAUUUCGGACGAUGCUUUCGUAAAGGAAACCUCUCCGUGCGAAGAUCGAAUGAUUACAAGGGACACUUACUGUUCAACUGUGCAGUUCCUACCUGCUGAAACACAGACCUGGAAACAAUGCCAAUUGAAACAAUACCAAGCACCCAACCGAACAAUCAGAUUUGAUUGAUGCUUUUUUUCUAUUUCUGCAUAAAUAACCAAUUUAGUAGUGAUUGACAUUCAUUUCAAAUUUUCAGAUGUAGAAUAUUUUUGUUUUGACGGAAAAAAAUAUAAAUUUACUGAUUUUUGAAU